AGCAUUUAGCGCCGGAGCCGGGAGCCCGCGGCCGCCGCCAUGUCCCAUCAGACCGGCAUCCAAGCAAGUGAAGAUGUUAAAGAUAUCUUUGCCAGAGCAAGAAAUGGAAAAUACAGACUUCUAAAAAUAUCUAUUGAAAAUGAGAAACUUGUGAUUGGAUCAUGUAGUCAGCCCUCAGAUUCCUGGGAUAAGGAUUAUGAUUCCUUUGUUUUACCCCUACUGGAGGACAAACAGCCAUGCUAUAUAUUAUUCAGGUUAGAUUCUCAGAAUGCCCAGGGAUAUGAAUGGAUAUUCAUUGCCUGGUCUCCAGAUCAUUCUCAUGUUCGUCAGAAAAUGUUGUAUGCAGCAACAAGAGCAACUCUGAAAAAGGAGUUUGGAGGUGGCCACAUUAAAGAUGAAGUAUUUGGAACAGUAAAGGAAGAUGUAUCAUUAAAUGGUUAUAAAAAAUACUUGGUGUCACAGUCUUCUCCUGCCCCCUUGACUGCCGCUGAGGAAGAAUUAUGGCAGAUUAAAAUUAAUGAGGUACAGACUGACGUGGGUGUGGACACUAAGCAUCAGACACUACAAGGAGUCGCAUUUCCUAUUUCUCGAGAAGCUUUUCAGGCUUUGGAACAAUUAAGUAACAGACAGCUCAACUAUGUGCAAUUGGAAAUAGAUAUAAAAAAUGAGAUUAUAAUUUUGGCCAACACAACAAAUACAGAACUAAAAGAUUUGCCAAAGAGGAUUCCCAAGGAUUCAGCACGUUACCAUUUCUUCCUGUAUAAACAUUCCCAUGAAGGCGACUACUUGGAGUCCAUAGUUUUUAUUUAUUCAAUGCCUGGAUACACAUGCAGUAUAAGAGAACGGAUGCUGUAUUCUAGCUGCAAGAGCCCGCUGCUAGAAAUUGUAGAAAGACAACUACAAAUGGAUGUCAUUAGAAAGAUCGAAAUAGACAAUGGGGAUGAGUUGACAGCAGACUUCCUUUAUGAAGAAGUACACCCAAAGCAGCAUGCACAUAAGCAGAGUUUUGCUAAACCGAAAGGUCCCGCAGGAAAAAGAGGAAUUCGAAGACUUAUUAGGGGUCCCGCUGAAAGUGAAGCCACUGCUGAUUAAAAUCAUUAUAUUAAGCA